AUAAGAAUUAUGAUAUAUCAUCGAGAACAUAUGGCUAAUUUCCAUAAAGUAGUGCGUUCGCCAAGUGAUAACCCACCAAAUGCUUCACCACAAAAGAAGAGAAACAAUGAUGGUCGUCUCUGA